AUGCUUUUUACCUCCCCGACCUCCUUUGUAAACGCGCAUAUCCUCCACAACUCCUCCCACUCCUCCCACUCCUCCUCCUCCCACUCCCCCAUCUCCUCCAUCUCCGCCAUCAACCAGCAUGUAGCCCAGCAACACCUGGCCGCCGCCGCCGCUGGCUGGCCUUCUCACUCUUCUCUCUUGCUCAACACCGCUGCUUCUCCGCAGGCUGCUCAACCUCCGCUGCCGCGGCUUGUCAUCCUGGUCCUGUCCGCAGUCCUCGAGAUCGUCUGCAUCAGUCUCCCCGGCUAUAUCCUAGCCGGUAUGGGCAGGUUUGAUGCGGAGGCCCAGAAAUUCGUCGCCAAUCUCAAUGUCGCUCUGUUUACCCCAUGUCUCGUCUUCACAAAACUCGCCUCCCAAUUAACAGCGGGAAAACUGACAGACCUGGCCAUCAUCCCUUGCAUCUUCACGGUCCAGACUGCGGUCUCCUAUCUGUGUGCCUCCAUGGUCUCUCGGCUGUUCCGCUUCAACAAGCCCCAGUCCAACUUUGUGGUUGCCAUGGGUGUCUUUGGGAACUCCAAUUCGCUACCCAUCUCGCUCGUGUUGUCGUUGGCCCACACUCUAGAAGGCCUGCGCUGGGAUCGCAUCCCAAACGACAACAGCCAGGAGGUUGCAGCCAGAGGCAUCCUCUAUCUCCUGAUCUUCCAGCAACUGGGCCAGCUGCUUCGAUGGAGCUGGGGCUAUCGCAUCCUCCUAGCUCCGCCGGAGUCAUACCACAGAGACGAGGAAGAAAUCGCUGCCGCCCGCCUCUGCAGUUCCGGACGAUAUACUGACGAACCGGAUAAUGCCACGACACCUGCAUAUAGCCAGACACUCAUAGACACCACCGAUAACGAUAAUGUCGAACAUGCCGCGCCCAGCGGCUCAUCGAGUUUCGCGGAUAUAUCCCAUUUUGAAUCCGGAGGAGUAACCCCUAUCACAACACGACAGUACUCAUAUUCAAAAUUAGUCGCAAUGGAUGACUCAGGGGAAGUCGACGCUGGACAUGAAACCGAAGACCAACCACCACCUCUCCUGCAGCUACCAAUACCAAACUGCCAAUUUGUUCCUAGUCAAUUCUCCACGCACCAAAUGCCAGAACCCCAGCCCCAACUUGAAGAACAACUGCCGACCCCCCCAAGCUGUCGCUACCCACUCCAGAAACUCGCCCACCAUGUUAAAUUCACGUCCCGCACCAUGGCAACAACCCUCCACACCCGAUCCAAAGCCCUCUUUCACCGCCUCCCCCUCCCGGUCCAAAAACUCAUCUGCACUAUCUCCCAUAACCUCACCCGCUUCCUCUGCGGCCUAUGGUCCUUCAUGAACCCACCGCUCUGGGCCAUGCUAGCCGCCAUAAUCGUCGCCUCUAUCCCGUCCCUCCAACUCGUCUUCUUCAACCAAAAUACCUUCAUCAACAACUCCGUCACCCGCGCCAUCCAGCAGAGCGGCAACGUCGCCGUGCCCUUAAUCCUCGUCGUUCUCGGCGCUAACCUCGCCCGCAAUACCCUUCCCGACCCUACCACCACCACCACAUGCAGCCCGCCCGACCUCUACCAGCGCGAGGAGCGCAACCUCAUCGUCGCCUCCCUGCUCGCGCGCAUGUUGCUGCCCACGUUGAUCAUGGGCCCCCUCCUCGCGCUGGCAGCCAAAUUCGUCUCCGUCAGCAUCCUGGACGACCCCAUCUUCGUGGUCGUGUGCUUCCUGCUCGCUGGCGCGCCGUCCGCGCUGCAGCUGGCGCAGAUCUGCCAGCUGAACAACGUGUACAUGGGCGCGAUGGCCCGGCUGCUGUUCCAGAGCUAUGUUGUCUGGAUCCUCCCCUCCACCCUCCUCCUCGUCAUCUUUGCGCUCAAGGUUGUCCAGUGGGCGACGGCCGCGUGA